AUGUGCUGGCUAGGAGCAUUGCCCACCCCCCGUGCGACGACUUGGCUCAUUAACUUGGCUCCGUUAUUAUUCAGCCAUGGUAGCGCCUUAUUAAGCUACCAAAUAUCCUCCCAGGGCGAGUCAGUUACCCGCUCUAUCCUUGCCGGCCAACUGUCAGUGGCUGACCUUUUUCUAGACCCUGUCGUCGAGGGUAACCGAGGGGGAGCACAGACAGGAAGGCAGAAGAAGAGAAGGAAAAAAACGUGA